AUGUCUGCGAACCCGGAACCGACGGCGGCGCCGGCCCUCACCCUCACGGCGCUGCCGCCCUUCAAGCCAGACCUGUACGAGCGCGCCUGGACCUCGAUACCGCACCCGACCCUGCCCCUGAUCGCCACCGCCCACCAGAAGUCCGUCACCGUCUUCUCGCUGUCGACCCUGUCCGCCCACAGCUCCCUCACCGGCGGCCACUCGCGCUCUGUGCGCUCCGUCGCCUGGAAGCCGAAUCUGGGGCCCGGCAAGCUCUGCCUCGUCACAGGCAGCUUCGACUCGACCGCGGGUCUGUGGCGCUGGGAAGGCGGCGACAAGGCGGAUAAUCUCGAGGUCGAGAUCACGGCCGGCGGGAACGGGGCCGCAGACAGCGACGACGGCGAUGGUGACGACAAGGACGACUGGGAGUUCACGCUCGUGCUCGAGGGCCACGACUCGGAGGUCAAGAGCGCCGCCUUCUCGCCCGCGGGCCAGUACCUGGCGACGUGCAGCCGCGACAAGUCGGUGUGGAUCUGGGAGGACGUCGGGGCGACCGAGGCCGACGACGAGUGGGAGACGGUGGCGGUGCUGAACGAGCACGACGGCGACGUCAAGGCCGUCGCCUGGUGCCCCGAGCACAACCGCGCCGGCCGCGGCCGCUACAGCGCCGACGUCCUGGCCAGCGCCAGCUACGACAACACGGUGCGCGUCUGGCGCGAGGACGGCGACGGCGAGUGGGUCUGCGUCGCCGUGCUCGAGGGCCACGACGGCACCGUCUGGGGCCUGCAGUGGGAGCCCCGCCCCGCCGCCGCCCGCUUCCCGCGCCUCAUGACCUGGAGCGCCGACCGCACCGUCCGCCUCUGGACCCUGCAGGAGGAGGACGACGGCGACGGCGACGACGGCGCCGGCACCGCACCCCGCCACGCCUGGGGCGGCCUCGGCGGCAUCCCCAACACCAUGCGCCGCUCGCUCAAGGAGGAGUGGAAGUGCACGGCCGUCCUGCCGCAGGCGCACACGCGCGACAUCUACUCGGCGGCCUGGAGCGCCGACUCGGGCCUGCUGGCCAGCACGGGCAGCGACGGCGUGAUAGCCGUGUACAAGGAGGAGCCGCAGCAGGCAUCGGCGGCCGCCGGGAACGGCACGGGGAUGACGGAUGCGGAGGCGGCGGCGGCGCUCGACGGAGACGUGCCCAUGACCAACGGACACUCGACCGCCGGCGGGGGCAAGACGCCCGAGGCGCCGCCGACGGCUUGGCGCGUCCUGGCCACCGUGGCCGGCGCCCACGGGCCGUACGAGGUCAACCACAUCACGUGGUGCAAGCGGUACGACGCGGCGUGCCCGUCGGAGCGGCGGGGUGUCGAGGAGAUGCUGGUGACGACGGGCGACGACGGCGUCGUGCGGCCUUGGCAGGUCUCGUGA